AUGGCAUUGAUAAUAUUCGAUAAUAAUUUCCUUUUUUUUCAUUCUUUUCUUUAUUUCCUUUCUUGUUCAUUCUUUUCUUUUUUAUACUGUUUCUUUUUUUUCUUUCGUUAUUUUUUCUUUUUUAUCUUAAAAAUAUCUAAACUUAAUUCUUUCUUUUUUUUCCUUUUUUCUCUUUCUUUUUUCAUUCUUUCUUUCUUUUCAGGGACCUUUUCUUUCUUUAUAUUUUUAAUAUCUUUCGUUAACAUUUCCUUCCUUUCAAUUGAAUAUAUUUUCUAUCUCUUAUCUUUCUUUCUUUUAUUCAUUGAGUUUUUUUUUUUAUACCUGGGGGAGCCUUUCCUUCCUUUCAACCUUUUUUAUUUUUUUCUUUUUUUCUUUUCUUUCUUUCUUUCUAAUAUUUUUUUAAAAUUUCCUUUUUUCUUUCUCAUAUUUUUUUAUUUUUUUUUUUUUUCUUUCUUUCAGGCUAAAAUGUUUCGUUUACACAAUAUAUUUUUUUUCUUUUCUUUGUUUUUUCUUCUUCCUUUUCUUUCUUAUUAUCCUUUCAAGAAUUUUCUUUUGUGCUUUCUUUCCUGUUCAGAAUAUAUUUUCUUCAUUCUUUCUUUCUUUUCUUAUAUUUCGUUAACGCCUAAAACUUUUCUACCUUUUAUUUCGCUUUUUUCUUUCUUUCGACAAAAAAAUUCUCUUUUUCUUUCUUUCUUUCUUUUUUCUUUUUUAACGUUUUCUUUCUUUCUUAACCAGAAUAUAUUUUCUUUAUUCUUUAUUUUGUUUUUCCAUUCAUCUUUCUUUCUUUCUAAUUUUCUUUCUUUAUUCAAUCUUUCUUUCCAUUUUUUUAUCAACUUGCCUAGUUUUUCAACACGAAUUUUUUCAAAAUUUUUUUUUCUUUCCUUCUUAAUAUUUUAUUUUUUCUUUUUUCAUUUUUCUUUUUAUUUCUUUCCUACUUUUCUUUUUUUUCUUUUAAUAUCUUUUCUUCUUUCUUUUUUUCUUCUUUUUAAUAAGAUUUUCCUUCUUUCAAUUUUUUUCUUUCUUUUUUCUUUUCUUUUUUUUUUUUUUUUUUCUUUUAGAAAAAUAAUAUCUUUUUUUUUCUACUUUUUUCCUAUUUUUUUUCUUUUUUCUUUUUCUUUUUUUCUUUUUUCUUUCUUUAUUUUCUUUAUUUAUCUUUCUUUCUUUAUUUUUUUUAAUGCCCUCGGUCCUCUUUUUCUUUUUUCUUCUCAUUCAAACUUCUUUUCUUCUUUCUUGAUUUUCUUUAACGUUUUCUCUCUUUUCAACUUCUUUUCUUCCUUUCUUUUUUCUUUUCUUUCCCACCUGGAUUUCUUUCUUUCAUUCCUCUUCUUUCUUUUCUUUCUUCUUUCUUUCUUUAUUUCUUUUCUUUUUCAUUUUUCUUCUCCCUCUUUCUUUUCUUUUUUCAUUCUUUCUUUCAGAAUUCUUUUCUUUCUUUCCUCCAAUUUUUUUCUUUCUUUCCCUCUUUCUUUCUUUCGUUUUUUUUUCCGUCCUUUCGGAGUUCAAUAUUUCUUCUUCUUUAAAAUAUUUCUUUCAUUCUUUUUUUUUCUUUUCAUUCCUUUCUUUUUUUUUCUAAUAAUAUAUCUUUUUCUUUCUUUCUUUCUUUCUUUGAAUUUUUCUUUCAUUUUUUUAAAAUUCUCGUUCUUUAUUUUUCUUUCUUCUUUAUUUUCCUCUUUAAAUUUCUUUGCAAACGACAUUUUCUUCUUGUAUCUUCUCGUUUCAUUUUUUUCUUUCUUUCUUUCUUUCUUUCUUUCUUUCUUCAAUCUCAUUCUUUUUUUUUCUUUCUUUCUUUCUGGUUUUAUUUCUGGUUUUAUCAUUCCUUUCAGAAUUUUUUUGGUUCUUUUCUUUCUUUCCAUUUAUAUUUUUUUUCUUUUUUUAAUUAUUUUCUUUCUUUUAUUUCUUUUUUCUUUUUUUCCUUUUUCCUUUUUGUUUUUCCUUUCUUUUCUUCUUUUCUUUCUUUCCUUCUCUUUAUUUUUUUCUUUCUUUUUUUUUUUUCCUUUUCAAUCUUUUUUUCUUUCAAGCUUAAAUUCUUUUUUUCUUUCUUUCAAUCAUUUCUUUCUUCUUAAUUUCUUUGUUUUUUAUAAGGUUCUUUCUUUUCUUUCUUUCUUUCUUUUCUUUUCUUUCUUUCUUUCUUUCUUUCUUUCAGUCGUUCAACUACAAAAGUUUCCCCUUUCUAUGGAAAACCUCGGAUAUUUUCCAUUCUUUCUUUCUUUCUUUCUUUCUUUCUUUCUUCUUUCUUUAUUUCAUUUUCGUUUCUCUUCUUUCUUUAACUGUUGUUGCUCUUUUCAGUUUCUUUCUGUUCCUUUCUUUCCUUUUUUCUUUCAAUCGUUCUCAAUUUGUUUUGAUUAUCAUUUAUUUUUUUCGUGUCUUUCCUUUCAACCUGAAUUAUUUCAAUCAGAGUCCUUUUCUUUCUUUCGUUUCUUUCUUUUCACGAAGUUUCUUUCAGUCGUUCUUUCGCUAAGACCUUUUUUUUUCUUUCUUUCUUUCUUUUUUUCUUUGAUUCAAUCGUUCUUUCAAUCGGCUAAUAGUUUUCAAUCUUUCUUCGAAACCUUUCUUUCUUUCUUUCUUUUUAAUAUCCAAUUAACGUUUUCUUUCUUUCAACCUUUCUUUCAGUUCUUCUUUCCUUCAUUUUUUCUUUCUUUCUUUCUUUCCAAAAUUUCUUUUUUCUUUAUUUCAAAUAAAUAUCUUUGUCUAACGUUUAUUUCUUUCCUUCUUUCUUUCUUUCUCCAUUCAUUCUAUCAAUCAUAUAAAUUCUUUAUUUAA